GGACCCAGAUGUGACGUCACUAUAAAGGAAAAGGAAGAGAUUCAAGACCUGAAUAAUGAGCUGGAGACAUUUAUGGCAGAGGUGAAACAAAGAUUCCGUUCACACAAAGAGGAUUUGAAGGUACUGACUGAGGAGAAGAAGGACUACUAUGAGAAAUGGCAGUGUGUGGAGAAGGAGUUCAUCAGCCUCAAGGAGAGAUCCGAGAGGAGUGAGUUGGAGUAUGAGAGGGAGAUACAGAGGGUGACUCAGAUCAGGAACGAGUUUGAGGCCAAGUGGGAGAGUGCAAAGAAAACUAUAAAGGAAAAGGAACUUGAAAUUCAAAAGAGAAUGAGAGAGAGAAUGGACAUCAUUGAGAGCGAGAGGAAACAGUGGGGAGACAAGAUUCAAAAACUCAAUAAAAGAUAAGCAUCAAGCUGUAAUAAAGAAGUUGGAAGAGGUUGAAGUAAAAGAAGUACACGAGUUGACUGCUACUGAGGAAGAAGAAAAAUGCCAUGCCUGUUCACAAUGUAAAAUUUUCCAGCAGGAGCGUGAUAAAAAAAUAGAGGAAUGUGAUAAAUCAAGGAUUGAGUACGAGAAACUUAGACAAAAGUUCAUACAUACUGAGAAACGCCACGAGGAAGUGAAGAAGAAACUACAUGUUCGGGUGACUGAAAUUGAGGAAUCUUAUAUUCGUUCAACAGUCAGUUGUGACCCAGUUGUUUUCUCUGGAAUCAACCUGAGGGCUGACAUUCAGAAGUAUCGUAAACUGAUUGACGAUGAUAAUUCUUUUACAGAACUAAAAGUUAUGCUGAGUGAAGAAAGUUCUUAUGUAAUCGACAUUAUUAAUCAGAAAAACAAUUUUUGUUAGAGGUGUUCGUUUGCUGCUCAUCACCUAUUCUGUUUUGUGAAAUGACUUGGUAAAGAAGCAAUGUAGCUACCUUAAAUGCAUACCUGCACUGAAAAUCCAUAAAACGAUCGUUGAUUAUGACCUUGCUCGCAAGAGC